GAGUGGUGGGGGUCCGGUAUAAACCGAAGGCUCGCUGGCUUUUCUGUUGUUGUCCCUGGUUAACGUCGUCGCCCGGCGUCCCCGUCUCCCUCUGCUGCAGAGUCUUGGUCCACUUUUGGUUCUGGUCCAGCCGGAGCUCACACAAGUCAUGCUGACGGUUCUGGCGCUCGCGUCCGUGGUCCUCCUGGGAAUAGCUCCCGAGCCGUCCCGGGCCAUCGUCAUCUACACCGGCUGGGAACGACAUGCUCUGGUGGGCUCCGACAUCCGACUGUCCUGCUCCUUCUUCUCGUGGCGCUGGACCUCCGAGGACGUCACCUUCUCCUGGACCUACAGACCCGACGGCUCGCGGGACAGCAUCUCUAUCUUCCACUACACGGGUGGCAUGCCGUACGUGGACAACAAAGGCCCCUUCAGGGACCGUCUGGAGUUCGUGGGGAACCCAAGUCGCCGUGACGGCUCUAUACUGCUGAAGAACCUGGAUUUCAGCGACAACGGCACCUUCACCUGCGACGCCAAGAACCCCCCUGACAUCGUGGGCCGGCCCUCCAGCGUCCGCCUGCUGGUGUUUGAGAAAGUGCCGAUCCAGGCUGGCGUGAUCACCGGCUCCAUCAUUGGCGCGGUUCUGGGCCUGCUGGUUCUCAUCGUGGUCAUCUACUACCUGAUGAGGUUCCUGGUGGCGCGCCGUGUCUUCAGCCUCAGCGUCAGCAAACAUGGCAAGAAAAAGAAAGAGGGAUCACAGCAGAGACAGGGCCCCGCACCUUCCACUGACUCCUCCAAGGUGAAGGCCGCUGCCUCGGAAAAGAAGAAGCAGGAGUCACGCAAGGAUAAGAAAUAGGAUUCGGGGCGGGGCUGGGGUUGGCUCGCCGGCCGGCUCUUCCAGCCCGUCCAUCAGGGGGCACCCAAGUCCAAGCAGCAGAAAACAGUUAUUAAGAAGACGGAGCUGUCGGCGGGAGGGGCGGAGGAAGGGGCCGGCCGGGUGUUGAUGACCAUCGAGCUGGAGCUGACCCGCAAGAACGGGGAGGAAGCGUCCAGCGGCGUGGGAGGCGUGCGCCGCUCCAGACCACUGGGCUUCCUCACUGACCUCGCCGACCAACUCACCUUCAGAUAACUGUCCAGUCACGAGGCGGGGAGACCAGAGGGGGCCGACACUGAGCCCCAACUUGUGAGAAGAUCCACUCAACUGUCCCUCCAAGAUUUCACAAAUAACCACAAUAUGAAAAAAUUGGAAAACACCCCAAGAAAGCAAGCUAGAAAUGAUCAUAAAAAAACCUCUUAAUUUCGGCAUUUGUGAAGUGCUGGCGGGCUCCUCUCGUCCCUGAGACCUUAAACCUUGUGAAUCCGCACUUUUGCCGGCUCAUGCUAAGCCGCGACUGGAACGCUAUCUUUUUACCCUCCUUCCCGCCCCAGUGAGACGCAUCUCCACUCAUCAGCAAGACAACUAGGUCGACGGCUUUGUGUCGAGUUUUUUCUCUCCUCCCUCUUCCCUUCCUCUCCUCCACUUUCUCCUCUGUGACUUUUCUGAUGACUUGGAAACUGUUUGCUAACGGCGCUAUCCUCUCUCUCCUGUCACUUCCCUUUCCCUCUCUUCUUCUUUCUCUCCUGUAGAUAAAGGUCUGACUCCUCCAUGACUGCCUCCACUCCUCUAGUCUGCUCCCUCCUUUUCUGCCCAGCCUGAUGCCAUUAUUCCCAGUUAUCUUCACUCUUUCUCGACCGUAGGACAGAUAGAAUAAUUCUUAGAGCAGCUGAUCGGUGGUCAGAAGUCUUGAAGGUGUAGCUACGCGGGUGUCCAUAUCGAUCGGCUUGAUUUUCACAAAAAGACAUGAAUAUUGCAGUUAUUCCGUUAUUUGGGCAGUUUGUAAAGAAUCUGGUCACAUGCUUCUACACGCUAGCUGCGUAACGAUUAUUGCCAAUCUUAAAAGACGGUUGACUCCCAAACCGAUAUUCCCGUGGCGGAACUUAUCAUGACGUAUUCUAGUGUAGCUAGCUUUCAGACGGUGCUAAAACAGUUUUGUUCCAAACUCGGAAUAAUGUCGGAGCUUUUCUAACCUCAAAAAGUGCCCAGUUCACUCUUGCCCGUUCAAGACACACUCUGGUUUGUCCUGUACAAGGACGUUCGAGAUAAACCAAAAUUUGCAUUCGAAGCGAACUGAGUUGUUUGUGUACGAUUCAAUGGCUGUGUUUCGGUGCUCUAGUGGAGAAAAAGGAUUGGAUUGUGACGAUGUUCGCGUUCGAACCGUUCAGUAUGUGCGGAACAGUUCACACCCAUAACUGAUGCCUAUGGUGCCCACGUGCUAACACAGUGGCUGAGCCAGCCCAGUCCCACUCCUAUUUCCUGUUCAAUCGUGAGCUUCUUUAAUUCCUUGACAUGUCUCAAGUGUUCCAAACUGCCUUGGAGUCGGGGUCCCAUAAAAGCAGCAUCAUAAUAGCGAUAUAAUUAUGACUAUUCCAUGUUUUUACAUUGGUGAAGCAAGCGCCUUCUGAACCGGAGCAUCAGUGCUUCUCUUGCUCUGUCGUUCGGCACCUAAUGACACCAUAACUUCCUAAAGAGCCGUCUGGAAGUCGUCCCCCUCCGGGUUUAGAGCCUCCCGAAUCGUCUCCCUUUAAUGUUUACGGCUUAUUCUGCCUGACGGAGCGAAGACUCGAGAUAAAAGAGAAUGCGAGAGAAAUAUGACUCCAGCUUUCGGCCGGUGUGGAUGGUGGUUCGAGCCCCGCAGCUGCGGCUGAUUCAAUCCUCUCAGAUCGGAGCUAAUGGAGGUAGUUGCGGCGUCCUCUGCCGCCGGAAGGCGGAUAUUUCCGGACCGGUCCAGCUCGCGGCUUACUGUAACAGCUGCACAUUUUUCACCAGCGGGUGGAAGGGGGCAGGUGCUGGGAGGCUGGCGGGGUGGCGACUGAUGACCUGCGAUGACGUCACGGGCCUGCUGGGGGCCGGCAGAUUCACUCUGGAGAGCUUUGCCAGGAAGAGCUCCGAAGUCACUGGAGGUCCGGUUAAUCCUCCUCUUCAACACAAUGCUAAUUAUUUUUACCGCCACCAGAAAUAUCUUUAUCAUCCUUCUCCGCUUUUCUGUUCGCUCUCCCUCCUCCUCCCCCUGUUCUUUAUGUCCCUUUAGCUCCGUUAUCUUGCCGCCGGCUGCAUUAUUCCCAAACACAAUCCACUCCGGUCUCUAAGCCUCUUCUUAUCAGACAGCUCCCUCUCCUCCGCCUCCUCUUCGUAGAUUUCCCACUGACCCCGCCCCCUCCCCCCGCGUCCCUCUCUUUUAAACCAAUGACCCCCAGCGUUGUACCCGCCUCCGUCGCUUCUUCAUCGCCUUAAAAUAAAUUGAGAAAUUAGCAAUCCAGCUAUCGGCACCUUCCUCUGCCGAAACUUUCCGUCUGGUUAUCAACUUAUGCGUGAUUCCUUAGACACAAUCCGAUCAAUAACUCUUUGCUUAUCAGGCCCCACACGCUGAUAGCUCAAUGCGCCACCUCUCCUCUACCUCAUCGCGCCUCGAUUUCUCUCUGAUGGACAGUCUGCCCCUUCAUCACGAACCGUGUCCUUCAAAAACUCAGCUUGCUUUCUUCACAAACACACCCACGUUUCUGCAGACUAAGUAAUCUAGCUAGCGUAGUUUCAGUUGUGUAAUAUUUGCUUCUAUUAAGAGCUUUUCAGCGUAGUUACCAUCUGUCAUAUUUCGCUUCUGUUCUUUAUCGACAACAUACACUUUCAAACGCCGCUUUCAUGAAAAUCAAACGCCCCUGGCUAGCAGACAUUACUUCCUCGCUUCAGGUUUCUCUCACUAGAUCAGACCAAAGUCAACUAUCAAAAGUCAGACAUUGACACAAAUGUUACAAUGUUAGCAUGCUUAAAUGGUAAUUACCGACAUGUACAUACUUCCACAAACUAGCAUCCACCAAAACUGUGUUUUUAAAAGCGUCGGCGCAAGUGGUGCUCCCUCUGGUGGUUACUUCCGAUAACCAUGGCUUGCGAUAUUUGUGACAUUUUAGUGGCAAUGUCUCGAAUUAACACCAAAGGCUUUCUACACUGAAAGUCUAGAAUUUUUCUGAAUGUCUUACGAGUUCUGACGAAACACGUUUUUGUGUAAAUAAGGAAUAUGGUGGCGUGUGAGACUCCGAUCUUCCGGAAGGUUCUGUGCUGCUUCUGUAACGUAGCAAAGAUUCUGGAAUGAUUACCGGCAGAUUAAGGUGCCGGUGGAAAGGAGGGGUGUGGGGUGUGAGAAAGCCUGCCAAGGAUCGGAAUCUUCUGGUGUGUAAAGUGGAAAAAUCCAUAUGUAUCAGCGCCGGUGCGGCUCGGUCUUCUCCCCCGAGCUUUCCUGCUCCUUCCUCGGCCAAAGAUGGAUCCAGAUCCAAGCGCUUGAUGUGCAAAGUUGACGGUCGACUUGAAUGUUCCUUUAAAUUGAUAACCGGAGUGGAGGUGCUCAAAUAAUCCCGACUGGACGUCCUCCCCUCGCUGUUUGAAGUCGUCUGCGAGAUUAAGCCACGCAGACCUGAGACAAGACACUAAACCACGUUUCGUGAACUGUAUUCCUGCACAUUAACCUCCUUUAUGUUAAACAGAGGAGCUUAUUUUGUACUUGAUUUAAUGCUUGUAAUCCCUCCAGCGCCAACUACAUUUGUGGAUUGUAAUAUAAUCUGUUGUAAAGAGAAAUAAAAUUGAUUCAAGCUCCAA